UCAUUGGCUGACACAGUAGUUGUUGAUUUUUGUCAUAGACGAUUGUUCUUUAAACGUCAACUUGCAAAAAUUUCAUCUUUAAGUGUAGAAACAUAAUAUAUAGCUGUGGGAAUCAGUCUGCAAGACACAGCAAUAUGUUUAAAAAAUUCGAUGAAAAGGAAAGCAUAUCGGGUGUCCAGCAGCUGAAGUCCUCUGUACAGAAAGGGAUUCGCACUAGAUUGCUCGAACUAUAUCCCCAUUUGGAGAACUACAUCGAUCAGGUGCUGCCCAAGAAGGAUACAUUUAGGAUCGUCAAAUGUCACGACCACAUUGAGAUCAUGGUGAACAGCGCUGGCGAGCUGUUGUUCUUCCGCCAUCGUGAAGGACCCUGGAUGCCUACGCUUCGUCUAUUGCACAAAUAUCCGUUCUUCCUACCAAUGCAGCAGGUAGACAAAGGUGCUAUCCGCUUCGUGCUCAGUGGUGCCAACAUAAUGUGUCCAGGGUUGACGUCACCCGGUGCAAGGAUGUCAACCGUAGAAAAGGGGCAGGUGGUCGCCGUUAUGGCGGAGGGCAAAGAGCACGCCCUAGCUGUUGGAAUGACUGCCCUCUCUACUGACGACAUAGCUAAAGUGAACAAAGGCGUAGGAAUUGAGAACUGUCAUUAUCUUAACGACGGCUUGUGGCAAAUGAAACCAGUGAAGUAGAUGAUACAACAUGUAUAUCUAAACAUUUUUCAAUAUUUAUAUUAACUUAAUUUAAGAUUUUUUUUUAAAUAAAUAUUUAAUAAGUAUGAUAACAA